UCGUCUCACAGCCCUCCCCUUCCUCUCUACCCUCUACCGAGUCGAGCGUCGCGUCCGCCGCCGCCGGCGCCGCCGCCCCCCGCCUCUUCUCCCACCCGCGCGCCACCGCUCUCCGCCGGCGAGCCGUAACACUAACCCGCUCCUCCCCCCGCCCACACCACUCCAUUUUCUUCCUCAUCUCCGGUCUGCAAAACGGUAGUUAAACAACGGGGAUAUGUUCGCCGCGAAAUCAAACCGGGGAAGAAUGUACAUGGCGACGAGGAGCGCCGCCGCCAGGCUGCUCUCCUCCUCCUCCGCCGCCGCCGCCGCCUCUCCCCUUUGGUCCAGACGCCGGCGCCGCCAUCCAUUCCUCCAUCCGCCCUCCCGCUCCAAGACCACCUCCUCCUCCUCCAGCAGCAGCAAGCCUCCUCGCCGCCCACCGCCUCGCAAGGACGGCGGCGGGCCGCGCCCGUGCCUCUUCCAAGAACUCUCCGGUCUCGUCGCCCCAUCCGCCAGCGAUGACCCCGCGUUUCAGCCUCGGCGAGAUGGGCAGGAGCGGUGUGGCCUCCUCGGCCAUGACACUGCGCAGUGCGCGGAAGGUGCUCGACGAAUUACCCCUGAGGGAGCGGCUGCGGCUUCUGGUUCUUUCACCGGUAGCGUUCCGAACAAUGACGCUCUUGGGUUCCUUCCUGAUGGUGGGAUUGGGCCUCGUAGCACUGCAACAGGCGGUGCUCCGGACAGUGAGCAAUCUAUCCAGGAGGUGGGCGAUGGAAAUGCUGGAGAUGUUGAGAAUAUCAGUGAGGUUGUGCAUAGGGUAACAGAAGUUUUGCGGGCAGAGGUGCCUGGAUUGUCUGUGGAACAGAGGCUGGAGAACCUGGGAGUUACAUAUACACCGAGGCUUGUGAGCUUGGUGCUCAACAGGUGCUUCAAGAAGAGGCAUUUGGGGUUCAAAUUCUUUGACUGGGUUAGGCAAGUUCCUGGAUUCCAGCACACCACGGAGACGUACAACGCAAUGCUGUACAUUGCGGGUGAGGAGAGGAACUUUGGGGCCAUGGAGAAGUUGAUGGAUGAGAUGGAUAAGGAGAUGUGUUUGAAGGACAUCAAGACAUGGACAAUCGUCAUAUCCAGUUAUGGGAAGGCAAGGCAGAUUGGCAAGAUGCUAUCUACCUUUCAGGCUAUGGGGAAAUCGAGACAUGUGGCAGCAGAUAGUAAAGUUUAUAGGACGAUACUUCAUGCUUUAUGCAAUUCUGCAAAGUCCGAGCUUGCUCUUGAGUUCUACAAAGAUAUGGCAAGGAACACGGAGGUUGGAUCUGACAUUUUUCGACUUCUAUUGUGUUGUCUCGCAGGAUCAGAUAAUGCUGAAGGUGUUUUUUAUGUCAGAGAUGAUAUGAUUAAGAGCAUGAAGUAUCCAGAGGAGUAUUGUUAUCUGGAAGCUCUACGGAGCUUCUGUGUUUCAGGAAAAAUAGAAGAGGCUCAGAAAAUCUUCCAGCAGAUGAUGAACAAGUCCAUUGCUAGCUCAUCUGCAUUUGAAAUCCUAUUGAGGGGCCUUUGCAAAGAUGGAAGGAUGGAUAAAGCUCUUCAAGUUAUGGAGUACAUGAAAAGCAACUCAUCUGCGAGCAGUGCCACCUUUGGUUCUCUCAUUGAUGGCUACCUGAGGAAAGGAGAGCGUAUGAAGGCACUUGAGGUGCUUCAGGAAAUGAGGGAAUAUGGAUGUGUUCCAUUGGCAUCAUCUUAUACUCAGCUCAUGCAACACCUCUUUGCAUUUGAUCAACAUGAAGCAGCAUGUAGAUUGUAUGAGGAAAUGCAGGAAAAUGGUAUUGAACCAGAUGUUGUGGCAAUCACAGCACUGAUAGGUGGGCAUGUUCGUAAUGGACAUAUAUCUGAAGCAUGGGAUGCAUUUAGGAAUAUCAAUGAGAAUGGUCAGAAACCCACAUUGAAAGCUUAUACAGUGUUCAUCCAAGAGCUCUGUAAGGCCUCCAGGCCCCUUGAAGCACUAAAACUUCUGAAGGAAAUGCUGGAAUCAGAUUUCAGGCCUUCCGAGCAAACUUUCAGCAGGAUUAUUUCCACUCUGUAUGACAAUCACUAUUUGGAAGAAGCUAGCAAUAUUGAGAGGAUGCGAGCAUCUUUUAAUUGUUGUAGCCCUAUAGAAGAGCUGCAACGCAGAACAUUGGAUCAAGUUGACUACACUGAUAAAUUUGAAAAAUCAUCUGGAUCUGGUCCGGAAGAGAAGGAAAGGACAGUGGAGUUUGUUGGUCAUCCUUCGUAUAAAGACUGUGAGGUCUCAGGGAGCUUUCCUUGUGAUGACACACAGGAUUUAGAACAAGCAAAGGAUUACAACAAUGAAGACGUUGAACAAAUAUGUCGGAUUCUGUCAUCUUCUGAUUGCUGGAGCUCAAUAGAACAGGCUUUAGAGAUGACAUCAAUAUCUUUUACUCCAGAUCUUGUUGAUGCCAUUAUGAAGCGUUGUAAGGCAAACAGUCGUGCUGCUUUACAAUUUUUUUCUUGGGUAGGCAAACGAUCUUACUACAUGCAGACAACAAAGACAUAUAACACAGCCAUAAAACUCGCUGGCUCUGCAAAAGAUUUUAAGCACAUGAGGCAUCUUUACAGAGAGAUGAUAUGGGCAGAGUGUUGCCCAACAGUGGAUACAUGGAAUGUCAUGAUUUGUCAGUAUGGAAAUGCUGGUCUAACUGAAAUGGCCCUUGAAACAUUCUACCAGAUGAAGCAGGGUGGCUUUCAGCCUGACAAAACUACUUACAGUCACCUAAUAAUGUACCUCAGCCGCAGAAAAGGGAGGAAAGUAGAUGCUGCAGUCAAGAUUUUCCAUGAAAUGUGUCGUGCAGGCUAUAUACCUGACAAUGGAAUGGUUUGCACAUAUCUUUCUGUGUUAUGUGAGUGUGGGAUGAUAGAUCGUGCUGAAAGCUCAGUAGUACUAUUAUGUAAACAUGGAUUUUCUAUUCAGGCUGGCUACUCCAUACUCAUUAGAUCAUUGUGCAGGUCUGAUAGAAUGGCCGAAGCUCUCAGUUUGUUCGAUAAUAUUAAGAAUUAUGGAUGUUCAAGAAGUGCAUACAUGUAUGGGAGUCUCAUUCACGCGUUGUUGAGGAGGGAUCGCUUUGAAGAUGCUUCAGCUAAGCUUGCAGAAAUGAAGAAUUUAGGUAUAGCUCAAAGCACACAUAUGUAUACCUCAUUCAUGAUCUAUUACUUGGGGAAAAGGGAUGUUUCCAAAGCGAUGGAUGUACUUAAGGAGAUGACAGAAAAUGGAUGUGAGCCUACUGUUGUCACUUACUCUGCAUUGAUCCGUGGUCACAUGGCAAUGGGUAUGGUUUCAGAGGCUUGGGAUGUCUUCCAACGCAUGAAACUGAAGGGACCUGUGCCAGACUUUGAGACCUACUCAAUGUUCAUGUCAUGCCUUUGUAAGGCAGGUAGAUCAGAGGAUGGGUUGCAGCUUAUUCAUGACAUGCUGAAUAGUGGUAUCAUCCCCAGUGCAGUGAACUUCAGAACUGUUGUCCAUGGUCUGAAUAUGGAGGGCAAGUACAAGCUAGCUGAUUCUGUUCUCCAGUCAAAAUGGCAAUUGCGGAAUCGAAGGACCUUCUCAGAUUCGUUUAUUGUCAAUUCAUCUGCUUAAUUCACAUUCUCUGUUGAAAAUUUAUCAUGAGUAGUGCUCCAUGUUCAACUUAUUUAUUGGAACAAGAGUUGUAUGUGGUACGAGCAUUUGAACAAGAAACAUUAUUUAUUGCACUAUGCGGAAUGCCCAGAUCAGUAAUCAGAGGAACACUUUAUCCAAUUUAGAGCAGUGAACUGUUGUAACACUGGCUGCAUGAGGACCUUAUAAGCCUGUCCCUUGCCAUUCCCCUCCUCUACGUGAGCUAACCUGGUGCACUCAUUCUUCUCUAACUAGGAUACCUCUCGAUGGCAGCAGUGCUAUCUCCACUGAUCGUGGUCCAGGAUGUAGAGGUGGGUAUGUAUUCGUUGAUACUCUACUGAUUAGAAUUUGACGAACCACUGUCAUUCAAUCUGCUGACACAUAUUGCAGUUAAUGUCUGUUCUUCCUGCCUGUAUAAACACUGUUUGAUGCAUGUAGAAAUGUGUACCUUGCAAUGUCAUGCAUGGAUCAAAAUCAGACAGCUCAAGAUAAGGUAUUACAAGCACACUUAAUUGAACAAAUUCGACAUGCUGCACUUUGAUUGACAAUUUUGAGGGCAACACCAAUCUUGAUUUGAGUGAAAACUUGCUUUAUGUUUCUAUUUGUUCCAUUUCUGUCUUUUCACAUGCAAGUGCAACCUUAUUUUUUUAUGAGACGUUGCUGUACAAGAUUACCAGCAUUUUCUUCCCAAUGAACAAUACAGAAUGUUGUUUCUUAUUAAUGGUUCUAUCCAGCAAUCCAGUCUUCUAUAGGUUGUCCUGUUUUUGAGCAGUAUUCAGGAGGGCAGAUCCCUCCCUUGAAUUUGGAAGUGACUAGUAUAUUCAAUGCGUGCGCAUAUGCAAUGCUCUUUGCAGGCACACAACAUUAUUUUAGCUUCAUUGAAUUCUGACAUUUGCUGUUUUGGCAAAUAGUUAUGAACCUCUCAACACCAGUCUGUGUUUUGUAGGUACCCUACUUUGAAUAUGCUCACUUGCUUGUAAUUUGCAGUAUAAUUGAUUAAAGUUCCUCCUGAAGUAACUUCCAUCAAUCUAUUCGCGCAGUUAAUAUGUGUACGCAUGAUCAAGUUUCAGUAUUGCUAUUUGUAUCACAGUUAUUCUUUAUGGGUUGGUUUUAUUUACUUUGCUUCACUUACAAGACUGCUCAGAGAUUAUAAGCAAAGCUGUGUCUUUGUAAUAUGUGGGGGUAGACCAUUCCUUCUUUAGGAAAUUCCUGAUGCUGAUUCCCUGUACUGGAAUCUGAUAGUAGAAAUUUUUUAAGAAAUUUUUUUAUGCUGAUUCCCUGUACUGUAAUCUGAUAGUAGAAAUUUUAGCACUGAGCCACUGACUGGCGUUUUAAUAAUCGCAGAGCUCACACUGAAGUCUGCCCUCAUGCUCUGGUCUUAAUUUGUCAUAUUACUGAUGAAAGUCUUAGGAAAUGAAGGAAGCCCAUGACUUGAACUGAAAAGGUAACGUUACAAAAGAAUUAGUACAAGGCCGAAAGCAACAGGAAGGGUCUCCAACUGAAGAGAAUAGAAAAAAAAAAUCCAGAGGAGACCAUGGCAGAUAACAGAGAGGUUCAAAGCCUUUGCAUUGCUCUAUCUCAAAGACCCCGAACCAUCCUCAGUUCCAUUUAAAACGUGCUUAAUAGAAAGGCCACGUGUGAUUCAUAAUGGUGACUGGUGGGCGUCUUCUAUGGCUGCAGCACUCUUGGAAUUCAACUUGGUAAUUGGUGUGAAUCAUCAAAUAUAUUGUUACAUGGUUCCGAAGUUCUAGGACGGUGUUGCAUAAUUGCAGCAUAUUGUUAUUAUAUUAAUCAUUCUAAGAUGAUGUUUUCGCUUCAAUAUACCAUGUAAGGUAUUCAAUUUUGUGACAUAGCCGUGAAAGUUUCUACCUAUCCAUCAUUUCUCAAUGAAACGUAUGUAAUGUAUAUUUUGAACUCAUCA